AUGCCACAGAAUCAGCAGCUAAAUCGACCACAACAGCAAACUACAGUCCAGAAAGAACCUUCUGGACAGGCGACAAUUUCGCGAUCUAAUACCAGUGAUCUCGCAGAUCUACCUUUUCUUGCAGGGCGAGUUAUUUCCCAGAUUGGCAUCUUUGAAUCACGUGCAAUACCUUUCAAUCAGUCAACUGGGGGAGAGUAUACUUCCCAAACGAGAGGAAGCCAGUCGAUUGAAGAAGUAGGAGGAAACCGAACAAUUCAGCCGCCCCAACCAGUAUCUUCUGGGCUCGGAGUUGUCAGUAAUUCAAGGCUAGGCAGAAAAGCCAGUAGAGGGCAAACUACUGGGUCAGGCAAUAGUCAUCACACCUUUCAGGCUUUCUCAGUUCAGCACACAACUGAAAUUCUCAAGGAGAAAUUCGGUGAAGCUACGCAUUCAUGGAAGACACAAAUACCCAAAACUGGAGAAAAUGUAAGUGCAUGUGGACAAUAA